AUGGUGACUGAGGAGCAGUACCAGGACCUGCUGACCAGGUUCCAGGAACUGCAAGCCAUCCUCGAGAGCAGAAUCCAAAACCCACCACCUGCACCCGCACCUGUGCCUGCACCCACACCUGCACCCAAACCCAAAGCACCCAAGGUCACUCACCCGGACCAUGGUGCAGUAUCAGCACUGUUGCCACCAUCCUUCCUUUCCCUCCCUUCUGACCCGAUUCAGACACUACCCCCAGGUCCCUACUCUCUUGCCUGGGCAGCUCUUGUGCCUGGUUACAUCGCCCCACCCACCACCUUUGCUGGUGCAAGCAAGGACCUCAAUUGCUUCAAAGUGGAAUGUGGGAUUUACUUCCAUGUCCACAUGGCAGAGUUCCCCGACACUCUGUCCCAGAUCCUCUUUGUCUUGUCAUACAUGAAAGGAGGAGCUGUGGGAGCAUGGGCAACACAGCGCAUGAUCACACUGCUGAUGGUGGGAUCCCCUGUGAUCACUAUGGACGAAUUCAUGGCAGAGCUUGAUGCCAUGUUCCAAGACCCCAACUGUGAAGCCACCACCUGA